AUGAGCGCGGUGAACCCUUCGUACCCGCUGUACUCCAUCGUAUCCUUCACAGGCGCUACAAUGUUGUUCCUUGUGCUAUUAACUAGCAUUGUCCGUCGACGUUGGAAUCGCGGUGUCUUCUUCCUAUGCUUUUGGCUCAUGAUAGAAGAUUUCAUGGCCGGUAUCAACGGGAUCGUUUGGGCGGACAGCAUGGAUAUCCAUCACUAUGUCUACUGUGACUUCCAUUCCCGGCUGGAGCUAUUCUGCUAUGUACUCAAAUGCAUGACGACGCUCAUCCUCACUCGUCGACUCUGCUACAUCGUCGGUCCCCCUUCCAGUGAUGAAUACAAUACUCGGCGCAAUCUUGUCCUUGAAUGGACACUGGGUUUUGUAUGUCCUAUAGUUGUUGCCGGUCCUCUUUACUACGUGGUACAGUCCCGCCGCUUCGACGUGAUUCCGGGUCGUGGAUGUACCUACGCUGUAGAUCAUUCAAUACUCGCAGCCCUGCUACUGCUAGGAUGGGGCGUCUGCGUCCCGCUAUUGUCAAUCGUCGUCUAUUACAGAAGGAUCGUAUGCUCUCUAUAUCGGCAUCAAAGGUUCGUCAGGGACCAACCGGUGGGCAACGCAAGGGCGCCAUAUGCAAACUACUGGCGGAUCUUCGCAAUGGCCAGUUUCGACAUCGUCUUCACUCUUCCUCUCGGGAUAGUUACCCUUUCGCUGUUCAUCCUGACAUCGGACAAGGAGCCCGCGAACUUCUACUCAGGCUGGAAAAUCGUACAUUCAGACUGGGCCCCGGCCGUGAAGGAGCGACAGCCGUACGCCGAUUUCAUCCAAUGGAUGAGUCCCGUCUUGUCAUACGUCAUCUUCGGACUCUUCGGUACUACCCCAAGCGCGCGGGCGAUCUACUGCUCAUUGGCCCGUACUGUAUUUGGAUACUUCUCAAGGAGACCGGCGACGAGUGGCUCCACCAGUUCUCGGCAGCUCAGAAGACCCUCUACCGAUAUGAAGUUCAGAUCACCGGUAAACGACUCGGGGGUCGUCGAUGAACGGUUGUCGUGCCCGGAGUACGACGGGGUGUGA